UUUUUUUUUUUUUUUUUUUUUUUUUUUUUUUUUUUUUUAUAGAAUAAGAAACAGCAUUUAUUCAUUCAGGAAUAAAGUUCACAUUAGCCUGGUGGCCAGCCCAGCUGUCGUCCUCCCAAGAUGUGAAUGUGAAGGUGGUAAACGCUCUGACAGCCAUUUUUUCCAUCAUUAAUGACGAGACGGAAACCAGUUUUGUCCAAACCUUCCUGAGCUGCUACUUUACGGGCUGCUGUCAGAAGAUGACCCAACAACUGUUCAUCUUCAUCUUCAGCUUUGGAAAGCUGCGAUAUGGGUUUCCUAGGAAUCACUAAAAUAUGGGUUGGUGCUUGUGGAUUCACAUCAUUGAAUGCUACACACUGGUCAUCCUCGUAUACAAAUUUUGCAGGUAUUUCUUUCCUCAGAAUCUUUCCAAAUAUCGUAUCGCCGCCUGGAGAAGCAGAUUGCGCUAGUUCUACUUCACCGCCCGCCAUUUUUUUUCUGUUACUUUUUUUUUGUAGUGUUUCUAAUACUAGGGCUGAGCAUUUGUUUGUUGUUUUGGUAAAAUUCUGUGACUUUACUAAAAUUACUUUAAUAACAAUUAAAGGAGAUUUUCAUAAAGCAAUAGAAAUGGGUGAAAAUAUGAAAAUUAACGACAUAUUCACUAAGUUUCAGAAGGACCUCGAUGCUGAUCAAGAACGUCGCGAGGUUAUCCGCACUAUAUGCAAAGAAAUCCAGCAAAUCUCUCGAGAAGCUGUAACUGUUUUGCAAGUCAUACAUCAUAAAGAAGAAGGCAUAAUCCAGGCAUGUCAGAAGGCUCGUGAACUGUUUGAGAAAACUCGUCAAGGUUAUGCAAAACUUAAAGAAGCAGUUCCACCCACAGAUUACUUUAAAUAUCACGAUCACUGGCGUGGUGUUACACAACAAUAUUGCUUCCUUAUCUCUCUUGUCAUCUGGUUGGAAGUGGGAAUAUUGGCAUCACAUGAGACCAUCGCCGAGGUAUUGGGAGUUAGUUCAGUGGAGGAAAAGGAAGGCUUUCAUUUAGACGUAGAAGACUACUUAGUGGGACUGCUGUUUUUAUGUUCAGAGUAGUCCCGAUUUGCAGUAAAUUGUGUUACAAGAGGGGACUAUGCUAAACCUUUGCAAAUAUCCAAAUUUAUUAUGGAACUCAAUGCUGGCUUUAGGUUACUCAAUUUGAAAAACGAUCAUCUGCGAAAACGAUUCGACGCGUUGAAAUACGACGUGAAAAAGAUAGAGGAGGUCGUCUAUGAUCUUAGCAUCAGGGGUUUAUUGCCCAAACCACAGAGUGAAGAUGAACCGAAAACAGAACCAUAGACUAAGAUUAAUUGUGUAUUGUUGUCUGUUUUUCAAAAGUUACGGAAUUUAAGUACAACAUUCUUAUAUUUUAAUUAAUUUUGAAACGGAAUUUGGAUAGGUAGGUCUGUACUUAAAUCCAAAUUUUAUUUAGACUGAUUCUCAUUUAAAAUUGGCACUUAAUUGUCUCAUUUCUAGAGUUUAUAUUUCAGCAUAAUUAGCAUCAGCGCGAGUAUUAUAAUGAUUUAGUUAUAAUAAUAUAGUACAAAGAUAAGGAAUCUCUUAUUUCCAUAACAUUGUGAUGAUGGGGAAAAUCCUGCCUGCUUAUUAUAUGAUUGUAUAACUUAAAUUCCUAUCACAUUCCUUCUAAUUUGUAAUUUUAAAGGUUAUAAAUUAUUUCAACCACAUUUUAUAUUUACUUCAAGAUUAUAUUAAUUAAAUGUUCUGUUAAAGAAGCUGAAAUAGUUGUAAGAAUAUAAUAAUUAGUUUUUUUUUUAAGUUAACAAGUUGUGCAGACUGCUAUCAUAUGUUAGUAUUUUUAUUCCACGUGACUUUGAACUUUAUCUCGCUGGAUAUAAGAUUUACAAUCAUCUUCGAAAAUUGUGUAGGUUAAUUUGUUGACUGCAUUACUUGUGGUUAGUCAUAGAGCAAGAAUAACAAUCUGUAUCUGAUGCCUAAGUACUAGCUAUGACAGAAAUCGUAUCGUCAGUAUCUAUUUUUGUAUGAAAGGAGCCAGUUUGUUCUGACGUCCGGUCCGGCUGCUUAGUUUUCAUAGAAAUUUUGACGAUGCGAUACGAUUACGGAGCUGUCAAUUUCGUGCUUCACGCCUCUGUCUUUUGUUUGAGACAAAGUUCUAAAGUGUCAGAAUUUAUGUUAUUUGAAUGUAUUGUUUUUUUUAAGUAAAACUUAUUUUCGGACGGGUUGUGAAUGGAAAAAUCCUCUGGAAUAGAUGAAACGGAAAUACGUCACGAGCGGUCACAAUAUACUUACUAGCUGACCCAGCGAAAUUUGUACCGCCAUAAAAAUAGGGGUUGGUUGUUGGUGUGAAAAAUAGUUAGUAGACGAUUCUCAGGCCUAUUGAAUAUGCAUAUUAAAUUUUCAUAAAAAUCGGUCAGGCCGUUUCGGAGGAUUAUGGCAACCUAACAUUGUGACACGAGAAUUUUACAUGAGAUAAAUGAUGCGGGUGCUGCUCCACUCCCCUAUGCCUUAUGCACCGCCUAAUGUUAGGUUAUUUAAGAAAAGAAGUUUCACUUCAGAUGUUUGGCCCGUGCACACUAUUUUUUUCCAAUACACACUAAUUAGCCUAGCCCUAAAUUAAGCACUGUGUUGCUUGUGUUAUGGGAUACUAGGGCAACGGAUAGAAUACAUAAUCUAAUAUAUAAAAUUCUCUUGUCUCGGUGUGCGUAAUUGAACUACUCCUAAACGGCUCGACCAAUUUUCGUGAAAAUUUAUUUGCAUAUCCUGUAGGUUUGAGAAUCGGGCAACGUCUAUUUUUCAUCCCCCUAAAUGUUAAGGGUGGUACACCCUUAGACGAUUUUUUUGUUUUUAUUUUUUUAUCUUGCAUUAACAAAAAUACAUACAACCUUAAAUUUUCACCCUUCUACCACCAAACAUUGUCACGUUUUGAUUAAAUAAACGAUUCUUUGUAUUAUAUUUUGUUUUAUUGCGGUGUAAAUCAAAACUAACUUUCUUCUAUGCUUCCGUGAAAUAUAACUUAAUUGUGUAAAUCGGCAUAAAAAUUCAAAGUUAUAUUUUGAAAUGCAGACCCAAUCCUUGCCAAGACAUCCCCAUCCUUCUGUCCUGAUGGGUGACUAACUGCCACCAU